AGCAAGCGCACGAGUAGCGGUGAGUUUAGGGAUUCCUUCCUUUACGCAAUCAACUUUUUUUUUUAUCACCGAAUGACUCGUAAAGACUAUUCCUUUCCCCACCAUUCAUUCCUCCCCUAAAGCCACGUUUCUUCUGAGGGUUUGAACUUUGAAGCGCAGGAAUUAAGCAAGUGGAAACCACUCGAUCCCCUGUUGUUUGCGCUCAACGCCCUAACGAUCCCAUCUUGAUCCCCAUUCCGGUCAAUCCUUAUCGCCAAGAUGAUCUGCUCGUUGAAGUCGUCGUCCUCGGCAUUCGCCGCCACCACGGAUCUCUUGCCGCCGAAAUCGCGGAUGACUCCGACACUAUGCUUCGCCACUCUCCGUUGCAACUCCUUUUCACCGAAGACCCCGAGUUCCUCCCUUUCUUCUAUUAAGCCCCUGUAUCUGACCCCUCUCGAAAGCUUCGGCUCCGCGAAGCCUCGAGGCAUGUCGCUGAAGGCCAAGGCCUACGAGGCGGACCGGUCCGAGAGCGUCGCGUUCCCGGACCACGAGGCGCGGGCGGCGGCGGCGCAGAAGCUCAAGAUCGGCAUCUACUUCGCGACGUGGUGGGCGCUGAAUGUGGUGUUCAACAUCUACAACAAGAAGGUCCUCAAUGCUUUUCCCUAUCCUUGGCUGACCUCCACUCUCUCCUUGGCGGCUGGCUCCCUCAUAAUGCUCCUCUCCUGGGCCGCGAGGGUCACCGCGGCGCCCAAGACCGACUUGGAGUUCUGGAAGGCUCUUGCUCCGGUGGCGGUGGCGCAUACCAUCGGACAUGUCGCGGCAACAGUUAGCAUGUCGAAGGUGGCGGUGUCGUUCACCCACAUAAUCAAGAGCGGGGAGCCGGCGUUCAGCGUGUUGGUGUCGAGGUUUGUGCUGGGAGAGAGGUUCCCAGUGCCCGUUUAUCUCUCGCUGGUGCCCAUCAUCGGUGGUUGCGCUUUGGCAGCUCUGACGGAACUCAACUUCGAUAUGACCGGUUUUAUGGGUGCAAUGAUAUCAAACCUUGCAUUCGUCUUUCGGAAUAUUUUCUCAAAAAGAGGGAUGAAGGUGACAUCCGUGAGCGGGAUGAACUACUACGCCUGCCUGUCUAUGCUGUCUCUGCUGAUACUUUUGCCUUUUGCGAUCGGGGUGGAAGGUCCCCAGUUAUGGGCAGCUGGUUGGCACGAGGCUAUCUCACACAUCGGUCCCCAUUUUGUCUGGUGGGUGGCAGCCCAAAGUGUGUUCUACCACUUGUACAAUCAAGUUUCCUAUAUGUCGCUGGACGAAAUCUCGCCGUUGACAUUUAGCAUUGGAAACACCAUGAAGAGGAUAUCUGUUAUCGUCUCCUCCAUCAUAGUCUUCCACACACCCGUCCAGCCCAUCAACGCCCUCGGUGCAGCCAUUGCCAUUCUUGGAACUUUUCUAUACUCCCAGGCUAAGCAGUGAGUAGCAGAAUCCUCAAUAUCAGAAUCCUCCACCCGUAUCAGUAUUUCAAGUAGUUGCGAUGUAGCUUGUUGUUUAGUGCAACGGAGGGGAGAUGAAACUUAAGCUAGGCUUGGAAGGAGAGGUGCACGCACUGCAUCAUCGACACUCCGUCGUGGAUAGAAGAAGACUCGUCUUCGAGAGUUGCAACCAGUAGCGGAACGAAAUGAUGUUUGGAUGGGAGUACCUGAGAUGGCAGCUAGUAUGAUAUUAUUGUCGGAGAUAUGGCUUAUUAGGAAUUCAGAAGAGCGCACUAGCGAAUAUAUGUAUUUGUGUGUGAAUGUAUUAUGCGUUUGUUUUCAAUGAAAUUAGAAGCGUAGUACAAUGGAAUGGACGGUCUUCCUUGUGCUACGUCUUUUAGAUA